CUUAAGGUGAGAUGAGACAUAUCCGAAGAGGAGACGGGGAAGGGGGGGAGCGAUGGGUCGUUGCCAAGCGAGAGGGAGGGAGGAAAAGAAAAAAGGGGACGAGUGAGUAUCCUAGCUAGGUAUCUCUCUGGCUCGAUAAGCUCCCUCGUUCGAAACAUGACACUCGAUCUGUCGAUGACGCGCUCUGGCGCAGACCUACGCCAGAAAAGUCAAACUUUUUAUCUUUUUUUUUUCUCACUCGCGCGCUCCUCAGUCCCUUUCGUCUCGUCGUGCAGAUUUGAUGCGGAAACCCGUGCGCUGUUCAAUCCAAAGACUUCAAAACCGACCCAGGACACGGCACCACGCGGCCCACGCCGUCUCUUUUUGUCUGCCUCUCGCUCCAACGCAAUACACGUUACGUCGGGUAGUUCCUGCGGUGGCCCGUUGGGCGGUAAGGUUUUUUUUUUCUUUUUCUUUCUUUUCUUUUUCCUUCCACUUCUUCUUUUUUCCCCCCUUCCCCUUCCCCCUUCUCCCUUUUCUGCACCCUCUCAGAGUUCCGCUGACACGCAUGGAUCACGAGGGAUCGAUGCGGCUCAAGCGUUGCUCGGUUCCCAUCUCCCGCAACUCUAAACCGCAUCUUGCUUGAACGGUUGGGGCGAGACAGGUCUUGAGGGAGGUAGGGAGAGAGAGAGACAGAGAGAGAGAGCGGGCGAGGAAUGGGUCUUCAUAUCAUUCCAUUCUUGGGGGGGACCCAAGACCGCGU